ACUAUUGACAUUUUUUAAAAAUAAUAUAAGUAAUAUGGCAGCAGCUUUUCAGCAGCAAAUAUUUGCCCUGGAUGCUCGAUUUAAUGCCUAUAGAGCUCCCGGAAAUCCAAACUUCAAAACUUUGUACAUUCGACGACGCAGUCAGUUAUUGAGAGAAAAUGCAAAAUUUAAGGAUAUUGAGACAAUAAAGAAAUAUAUAAACAUUAGGAGCCAGUUGCUGCAGCGAAGAUAUGGAGUUCAGGACAAUAUAUCAAUUAGUUCAUCAUCAUCUCGACAGAGAUCGAGUAGCAAAGCAAGCCUUGCAGUUGAAGAGAGCAUUACAAUAAAUUCCAAGAAGAACAAGAAUGAUUUGACAAUAUCAGAAAACUAUGCAUUCUCUGGUGUCCAUCAUAUAUUUGAUCAGCAUACAGAUCAAGUCAGUAUUGUGAAGUUUGCGAACAAUGAUCGCUCCAAGUUGUGCUGUGCAUCUCACGAUGGAACAGUGUCUAUAUGUGACGUGACCGCGUCGCCUCCGCGCGUCGCGUUUAUACUCGAGGGACAUACUAAAGCAGUUACUGGUUGCGACUGGUCGGCGUCCAACGACCUGCUGGUGACGUGCGGGCUGGACGGCGAGCUGGUGCUGUGGGAUGUAACGCGGCGCGCGCGGCUCCGCUCGGUGCGCGACCAGCUGCGCGCAGCUCUACUUUGCUGCGCGUUCCAGCCGGUCAACAAUAAUAUGGUUAUUGCGGGCAAUGCGAGGGGCAUGGUGGAAGUACUCAAUGUAUCUACUGGAAUAUAUCCUCGAGGAGGCAGCAGUAUUCUAGGAGGGCAAGUGACAGCUAUUGCGUGCGAAUCCAGUGGGAGGAUGUUUUGGGCAGCUAAUGACAAGGGUGUGAUAGUAAGCUACCGCAUGUCAGGCACGGGCGGGUCGCUCAGCAAGCUGCGGCGCUGCGUGGUCGGCGGCGCUGUGUCGAGCCUCAGCUGGUCGCCGUGGCUAGCGAGACACCCGGCGUUACUUGUUAGCGCGGCUGAUGAUUCCUUGUACUUGUUUAGGAUAGCCGACCGUGAAGGCAAUUUAUCUCUAAAGAAGCGCUACGACAUAUCUCACCGCACUCAUGGUGUUCGAUCCACCUUCUGUCCGAUCAUGUCGUUCCGACGCGGAGUUUGCGUUGUCUCCGGUUCUGAAGACGCUUGUGUGUACUUUCUGGAUAUAGAGGGGCAUGUGGAGCACCCUGUUGUUAAUAAGCUGCAAGGUCACGCAUCUCCAGUGUUAGGAGUGAGUUUCAGCUAUGACGAGAGUUUACUAGCCUCUAGCGACGCGUCUGGCCUCGUUAUUAUAUGGAGAAGAAGCUGAUUCUAGUGUAGAUCUGCAUUAGUUACAAAUAAAUAUAUAAGAAUUUUAUUUUAACAGAGUAUUUUAUGAAGAUGUUAUUUUAUAUAGAGUUUGUGUUCCUUUUUAAUGUUAAAUGUGUGUUCGUUGAUUAUUCUUACAAUUUGGUUCCGUGGCUUAAUCUGUUAAUAAACUUACAACAUACAUAUAUGAUGGAUAUUUUUAAAUUAUAAUUUAAGUUAAUUAUGUAUUUUACCAACACUAAACAAGCUCACCAUUUUGUCUCUCUCUUUAGCAGUAUUAAAAUUUAAAUUAAAAAAUGAAUGCUUUUUCCUAGAAUAUUAACCAACUCGAAUGUUCUUUUCUAUGACUAUAAGAUGUUACGUAUUUUUUUAAUGUAUCUAUGAAUAAUUUUCUUAUUGAAUCUUGGAACUUGAAUACAAUCUGUGAUUUUUUUAAUUACUCUGCAAACAUUGUCAAAAGCUUAAAAUUAUGUUAACUAAUAUUGAUUUCGUGUAUAUUGACAAGUUUUAGUACUUUAAGUGUUUUAUUGCUAAUGUAAACCUUGUAUAGCGACAUUCCUUAUCUAACUUAUAAGAAAAUAUAUUUAACGUGACAAAUAAUUUGAAAUAAAUAUCUGAAAUCAUA